AUGAAAAUUCUGUUUUAUACUUACCCUGUAGCCCUGAAUGCCGUGCAAGCUACUGGGAGAAGUACCUACGGGGUACCAGUCGCCCUCUCGUUUCUCGAUGAGAGGCCACAUGAGUCCCCAUGAAAGGAUGCCGCCCAAGAGCACGGAGAUGUUCACCAGGUAGGGACAGAUCAUCCCGACGCCAACGUAGGUUGCGGAGAAAUCAAAGUAAAACCUGUGUUGGAGUUGCAGGUAAGUCGCAGAUAGGAGAGAUCGAAUGCAUGGUAAGCACAUCGAUUGAUCAGUACCUGUUUUUGUAGGCCUGGAGGCCUAACGUCGGGAAGUUGAUGAAUCCACAGUCGUCCCCGGCGGUGUAGAACCACUGGAAGAAGCCCCACAGGAAGCUGAAUGAGAAGAACUUCCCCAGUAACGAAACCUGUCUCCUGCGCAAAGGGGCGGCCGGAAUCUGUAAUCAGAAAAAGCAGGGGGACGGGGAGUAUGGAUCGGGUGGCGGUUCCAUCGGAGAAGGGGGGGGGGGUUUACUUCGCUAGCUUGGCGCCCUGAGGCGUGUGGAAGCUGUUGAUGAGGUGAGCCGUCGCAGUGCCGCUGGGGUAUAUCAGCUUGUAAUCAAUGAUCAUGAUCUGAAACGAGAACACCUCGACCUGCUUAAAAUCGGCUCUGGGGCAAUCCUUCGUCUAGGAUUCUAGGUUCAUCCUACAUCAGUUCUAGCUGUACGCAGGGGGAAUCACCUUUCUGAGGGGCACCAGAGAAAAGAGGCCGAGGAAGCUGACCACGAAGAGGAACCCAAUCAUCCACCCCACUUGGGGGUCCUUGAUGUUCUCCGCAGCGUUCUUCUCUGCGGACUGGUUAGCGAUCUUCUCGCUCAUCCCAAAGAGGUAGCUCCCGAAACCACCUAUUGCUCGAAGUCGAAGAUGAAAGGAUAAAUCGCUGCGAGUACUAGAGAGAAAUCAGAAUCGGGGAUGAUUUUCUACCGCUGAAGGCGAUGCCGGAGGAGGCGACGACGCAGGUCUGGAUCACAGUGUUCUCCUGGCGGGUGAAGGGUUGCCGAAGGAGGCCGGUUUUCUCAAGGGCCUUGGACCAAAUCUUGACGAAGAAGAACCCCAGGAGCCCGGCGGAGACGUUCAGCGAGGGUAUGACCCCCGUGGUGAGGUUCAGCUUCAUCACGAUGACGCUGAACAUGAUCCCCAGGAAGAAGCUCACCACAAAGGCCCUAAAGGUCAGUUGCUGCUGCCACGGCGGGACCGGCUUCCCAUCAAACGCCCUCUCCACCGAGUACGCCUUCUCGUCGAAGUUCUCGGCGUCCUCUCCAGCCAAACCCCCAACUUCUCCCUCUCUCCUGUUCCUCUUCUUCAUGGUGACGCCGGCGGCGUGGCCAUUGGCGCUGUUGUACUCCACCAUCUCCUCCUCGUCGAGGGGCAACUGCCCCUUGUGA